AUCACGCACCGUUUCCAAACAAUGCUGGAGGAAAAGCCACGUUGACGGUCCAGAUUGAAGUGAGCUCCAGAAGAACACUGCAACAAGGUUCGAGUCCCCACGCUCCGGCUCCAUCGCACCUCGCCUCAGAGUCCCGCUCGCAGCAGACAUGUCCUCCCCGCCGAAGGACAAGGACAAGGUGGAGACCAAGGGAGGACACCCUCCCGCAGUGAAGGCAGGAGGGAUGAGGAUAGUGCAGAAGCACCAGCCAACUGCCAUCCCAGAACCACCGCCCAAAGUAGAAGAAGAAGAUGACGACGAUGAGGAGUACGUCAGCACCAGUCCACCAAAGGUUCCUGUUAUCGUGUCUGGAGUGGUUACAAAGGGUGACAAGGACUUCACCCCAGUUGCUGCCCAGGUGGCCCACCAGAAGCCCCAGCCUGGUGUCCCCAAGCUGCCCACUAUCCAGCAAUGUAACCAGCACAUCCACCAGCCCCGCAAGUGAGCCAGGCACCAGGCUACAAUGGCUCCGCUAACUCCACCAGCCGGCCUUCCCCAAGGGAACACAAAGGACGAAGAGGUUUCCCCACUUGGCACAGAUCUCCCCCUAAAUAAUUGAAGAAUAAUGUUUUGCGAGCCUUUUGUCAGCAACAGGCGCCUGAUGCUUAUAUAGCCAUUUUAGAAGUCCCACUCUUUACACCCUUGCUGCAGUGGUGCAACUAAGUUCUGCAAUUCUGGAUCCACUCCUUAAGAGAGGUUGUUAUAACAGUUGUACAGUCUUAAUAUGGUAUAAAUGGGCCAUGGGUCUUCUAAAAUGGCUAUUUUACUUGUAUUCAAUUGCUGAGAAAUUGGUCUUAUAUCUGAGUCUCUGGGGGCAACUCUCACUCCACCGAUGUGCUGACAAAUACCACGUCACCCCAACCAGCCAAUUACAACAAAUCUGUCAAUCAGGCCAACUAACCAACCAAUCACCUCUCACAGCUCAGGCUCCAGCCUUCUACCUACGAGCUUCACAGACCAAAAGAACCAAUCGUCGUAUCCAAGAAUUGGAGAGAGGUCUUACACGAUCGCCACAAACCAAAACCAUAGAGAGCAUCUAUCUAAAUUGCAAGAAUCAGUUCGAUGCGGGUGUAUCACUGAGACCGUUGCCAAAGUGCAUGUGCACAGCCUGGACCAGAGGAAGUAGAAGUAGAGCGUUGUAUGAGAGCACUAACCCGUCAUUAGCCCAAAUGCUGAGGUUACCAGCGACUGACAAGCAUUCCUUAUGAUACCUUCCCCCAUAUUCCCAACAGAAAUAUCCAUCAAAAUAUAGAUGUGACUCAUCAGUAAUCAGAGUUUAGAAAUAUAUCCACACUAGAGAAGCACCUGAUUUAAUAAAUGUCCAGUAAGAAUAAAAGAGACGACCCAUUUUUCUGUAAUGAUGGCCGUCAUUACCCAAGUAGUUACCUGAUGCAUGUCCUUAAUGUUGUGACUCAAUAUGGCUACUUACAAUUAUAGCAGAAGUAAACAAUGCUACUCCCCUCUUGCUACAUGUUCUUACCUUUAGCACAGGAGAGCCUCUCUCUCCUCUGAUCCGCUCUCCUAGCAAUGUCAAAUAAUAUUAAUGCAAACCUGCUUUGUCGCCAAAAAUGUCCACGCUGUGCAGCGUACGCAAACACGCACCUUCCCUUUUCCUUAAGCACCCAUCCCCUUACACUCAAGUGUCAUUUGUUGCAACAACAAAAAAUGUUCAGGUUUCCAAGAAGGAAAGAAAGAAAAGAAAUUUACCUUACCAAGAAUGAAUGAUUUCGUAUGUUAAUUUAAUUCAGUUUAAAAGAGUUUUAUUUUUGUUUUGUUUUCUGUUCUUUUUUUUAAUUAUGAGUAAAUUGUUCAAAUUGUAUAAAUCUUUAGUCGACGAGUGGACUUGGGUAGUAGGUGUGGUUGUCAUAGUAAAUAAAGAUAUUGACUAUCUUGAAA